GUUCGACGGACGCGACACGUGGUGCCCGGGAGACGACCCCUUCCGGGUAGAAAUCCAGGUCACGACCGCGCCGCUCGAGGUCCAGCUUCCGCUAACAAACAACGGGUCAAGUGCGCAGUUCACGGUGCAUUGGGGCGAGGCAAACCGGGCGUACCACGAACUCGGUGACCUUGUGUGGAGUGACUAUCACGGAAUAAACCAGCCACGUGCGCGCAACGCGAAGCACACCUACCAAUCCACCGGCACCUACCAAGUGGUGCUCCGCGGCAAACUGCAACCCUGGGCGAACCUGUACGAAAAUGACACUGCAGUGACGGGGGACCACUUUGUACCGAUCGACGCGGGUGCGGGUGCCACUUCCAGCUUCUUCGGCAACGGUGAUGCAGUGCGAAACCUG